GAUUUAUGAGCAUCAUACGACAAUUGAUAAACAAUAAUACUUUGAUAUAAGAAAAACAAAUUUUCAUUUGUAUUUCUUUUACAAACAGAUUUUUUUUUGAUAAUAAUCAUCAAUUAACAUGGACGAUUCCAAUUCAUGGGAUUGUUCCGUUUGUACUUAUCGUAAUAGUGCUGAAGCAUUUAAAUGUUCAAUGUGUGAUGUACGUAAAGGAACAUCAACCAGAAAGCCAAGAAUAAAUCCCGAAAUGGUGGCCAAACAGGUAGCUCGACAACAGGAACAGAUUAAACAACAAGCAUUGAAAUCAGCGGUUAAAGAUCAUCAUCAUCAUCGUAAUAGUAAAUCAUCUGAACAUAGAUCAUCAUCAUUGAAACGGAUCGAUGAUACAAAUAGUAAUUCAAGUGUGGCCAGUACAUGUAGCAGUGGGCGUAAUAGUCCAGUGAUCAAUUCAAAUUCGAAUUGCUCAAAUAGUUUGGAAUCAUCAUCUAAUCAAAGCUCCAUAAAUAAUACUGCCAAUAAUUCAUUAUCAUUUUUUGGUCAUUCAAUUAAACAACAAUCCAUCAAUACUGCCACCGCAUCGAAAUUUCAAAUGCCUUCGACCUCAUCAUUAUCAAGGCAUUCAUCAUCGACAAAUCAUUUUGAUGAUGAAUACGAUGAAAGUAAUGAUAAUGUCAAUGAUGAUGAAUUUGAUAUAGCCAAUCUAAACGUUUCGGAUGAAAAACAGCCGGCAAGUAACAAUAAAAAUAAAGGCCGUAAAAAUAGCAACAAUGGUAAAAUUAUGGCAGCACCACCGAAAGCUAGGCUAAAGAAUGUGGAUCGAAAUGAUGUGCAAGUGGAAGAAGUAACAGUUAAUAAUAUAACCGUGGUUAUAACGGAAUUCAAACCAAAACGAAAUGGUAAAUACAAUCACAAUAAUACAAUCGAGAAUACAAGUCCACAAAAAUCAGAAGCAUCGACUAAUAAAAAAGAUUCAAUUUCAAAUAAAGAACAAAAAUCCAAAGAAAAUCGAAAGUCAAACAAUAAUAGUGCAAGUAAUCCAGAUGGUAAAUCAACAAAAUCCUCUGCAUCAAAAAAACGUACUUCAGCCGAAAUGAAUGAUCUAAAUCAUUCAGCAACAAAACGAAUUACUGUAGCCAACGCUGAUUAAUAGGGAUUUGAUAAAAUUUGUAAUUUUAUUCUAAUCCAACCAAACAACAUCUGCAUCUACUUUAGUAUAACUAAUCCUUUCCCAAAAGUAAAUCAUAAUCAACAUGCAAACAUGCAUCAAAAUCACACACACACAAUUAUACAUAUUAUUUUGCUAUCUACAAUUUCUUUUCUUUUUUUUUGUUCUAAUUAUCUUCCUGUCGAUUUAUUUGCUAUCAUUCACUAUAUUGAUCUAAUCAAUUUUCUACCUACAACAUACAGACAUGCAUAAA